UCCCCCAGAUCAUCUUACACCGGAUAGACCGCCUGCAGGAUUAUAUUGGAAAAGAGGAGGAUUUCUCUGACCAGCAGCUCUGUGGACAGGAGAGGAAUUCCAGUUUGGAUCAAGAGGAACCAGAAGCUCUGCAGAUAAAAGAAGAGCAGAAAGAAGCAGAAGAUCCCUGGACUAAAGAGGAAACCAUGGAGCUCCCCAUAAGUGAGCAGGAAGAGCAGCUUGUUCUGAAGCAGGAGACUGAAGAGAAACCUUUCCCAUGUUUGACAUGUGGAGAAAACUUUCUUAAAAAAGAACAUUUAAUGGAUCACAUGAGAACUCACACAGACCGCCUCCAGGAUUAUCUUGGAAAAGAGGAGGAUUUCUCUGACCAGCAGCUCUGUGGACAAGAGAGCAAUUCCAGUUUGGAUCAAAAGGAACCAGAAGCUCUGCAGAUAAAAGAAGAGCAGCAAAAGCCAGAAGAUCCCUGGACAAAAGAGGAAACCAUGGAGCUCCCCAUAAGUGAGCAGGAAGAGCAGCUUGUUCUGAAGCACGAGAUUGAAGAGAAACCUUCCCCAUGUCUGACACGGGGAGAAAACUUUCUAAAAAAAGAACAGUCAAUGGCUGACAUGGGAAAUCAAGCUGGUCAGAAGAUUUAUGAAUGUUUGUCCUGUGGAAAAAUGUUCACACAGAAAUCUAGACUUAAUCUUCACAUCAGAAUUCACACAGGUGAGAGGCCUUUUGAAUGUCCGUCCUGUGGAAAAAGCUUCACUGAGAAAUCUAAUCUUAACUCACACAUCAGAAUUCACACAGGUGAGAGGCCUUUUUCCUGCACGAUUUGUAGCAAAAGUUUUACUCGAAAAAGUCAUUUGACUUCUCACAUGAAAAUUCACACAGGUGAGAAGCCUUUUGAAUGUCUAUCUUGUGGGCAAAGCUUCACCUCUAAGACCCGUCUUAAUCAUCACAUCAGAAUUCACACGGGUGAGAAGCCUUUUUCCUGCACGAUUUGUAACAAGAAUUUUAUUGGAAAAGGUAAUUUGACUCAACACAUGAGAAUUCACACGCGUGAGAAGCCUUUUGAAUGUCUGUCAUGUGGAAAAAUAUUCACUCAGAAAUCUAGUAUUGAUAAACACAUGAGAAUUCACACACGUGAGAAGUUGUUCUCCUGAAUUAUUUGUGACAAGGGUUUUAAACAAGACGGUUAUUCGGUUAUUCAGAUGACAUUCAUUCAUGAUGUGGAAUGAUUUAUAUUUGAGGUGGGCAUAUAUUAAUUUCUGUAGUCUUGGAAUUAAUCUAGAUCAAUCUAGAUUAAAACGGCUGAUUUGAAUUCUGCCAAAUGGCUUCAUGAAUCAGAAUCAGAAUAACUUUAUCAAUCCCUUGAGGGAAAUUUUUUUCUUGCCGUGCGAAAGAAAUUUACAGAAGAGGGGAAAAAUUAGAUUGUGAGUACAAAUAAGAUAUAAGAAUAAAAUCUGAUAAGGAUGAUAUGUGUGUGGUACCUAAAUAAUAAUUAAAAGUAAGUCUUUGAACUGGUGCAUUAGACCAGGGGCUCAUCUCCUGUUUCCAGAAUGCAUCACAUAAUACUACUGAAAGCAACAUUUUCAAAAAGCAUCCAACUUUACCCACAUUCACCAAAGCAAUCAUCAAGAAGCAAACAUAAUGUGGUAAUAAUUUGCGGUGUCUUGGUAAAAUGAAAUUUAAAAUGACAAAACAUGGCCUACCUAAAGUGAAGGAGUGCAGUUCCCAGCUGGCAUCAAUGAGGUGUACACUAAUGCUGAGGUAGUUCUCAUUAUAGACAGAUGUCUAGUGGUCCCUCGUCAGUGCUAAACACGUCGCCUCAAUCAACUUUAGCAGCUUUCUCUGCAGCGUACUGCUCAUUUAUUCUCCUCCACAGUUAGACGCCACAGGUAUGAACACUAGUUCCAUGUUUGACUGGUGAGAAAAUGUCCAUCUAGAAACUCCUUCACCUCACUAUAUGAGAAACUCACAGGUUAAUGGUCUUUUUCAAGCAAAGUUUUGAGAAAGCCAUUAAUUAACAGCUCUUUUUACAUAGAAACUAGAACAGAUAAGGUGUUCUAUUGUAAACUAGUAAAUAUUCAGGUCCUGGGUGAAUAUGUGGAUGUGAACAUUUGAAAGUUAAUUAUUUUGGACCUGAGUAAAUUAGUAAGAAAGUUGCCCUGACAAAAAAAA